AUGAAAUUGGCUAAUUUUAUUUUAUUUUUGGGAACAUUAGUAUCGUGCCAGUGUUUUAGUGAAAGGCAAAAUAAUUUUACAACUGAAUUUUUAUACUUUACUCAAAGGGAAACCGCUGGUCACGCAGCGGUGUCUCCUUAUGGUAUUUGGAAUAUGUUGAGUCUCGUACAAUUACUUACCGUGGGAAACACGAAAACCCAACUGCAGCGAGCGCUCUUUCUGCCAAAGAGUAGUAUAGAGUAG